AGAAUUGAAAAUGCACAAGAGGACCCACACUGGAGGGAAACCUUACAUGUGUUCACACUGCGAUAGGAGAUUUGUUCAUAGAGCAACUCUGAAAACACAUGAGAGGACCCACACUGGAGAGAAACCAUACAAGUGUUCAUAUUGUGACGAGAUUAAUUUUUCAGGACAACUGAAAACACAUGAGAGGACCCACACUGGAGAGAAACCAUACAAGUGUUCACACUGUGACAAGACAUUCAUUCAGACAGCAACUCUGAAAACACAUGAGAGGACCCACACUGGAGAGAAACCAUACAAGUGUUCAUACUGUGACAAGACAUUCAUUUGUUUAGGACAACUGAAAACACAUGAGAGGACCCACACUGGAGAGAAACCAUACAAGUGUUCACACCGUGACAAGACAUUCAUUCAGACAGCAACUCUGAAAACACAUGAGAGGACCCACACUGGAGAGAAACCAUACAAGUGUUCACACUGUGACAAGAGAUUUGUUCAGAGAGCAAAUCUGAAAACACAUGAGAGGACUCACACCGGAGAGAAACCUUACAAGUGUUCACACUGUGAAAAAGACAUUAAUUGUUCAGGACAACUGAAAACACAUGAGAGGACCCACACUGGAGAGAAACCAUACAAGUGUUCACACUGUGACAAGACAUUCAUUUGUUUAGGACAACUGAAAACACAUGAGAGGACCCACACUGGAGAGAAACCAUACAAGUGUUCACACUGUGACAAGAGAUUUGUUCAGAGAGCAAAUCUGAAAACACAUGAGAGGACCCACACUGGAGAGAAACCAUACAAGUGUUCACACUGUGACAAGACAUUCAUUUGUUUAGGACAACUGAAAACACAUGAGAGGACCCACACUGGAGAGAAACCAUACAAGUGUUCACACUGUGACAAGAGAUUUGUUCAGAGAGAAAAUCUGAAAACACAUGAGAGGACUCACACCGGAGAGAAACCUUACAAGUGUUCACACUGUGAAAAAGACAUUAAUUUGUUCAGGACACUGAAAACACAUGAGAGGACCCACACUGGAGAGAAACCAUACAAGUGUUCACACUGUGACAAGACAUUCAUUUGUUUAGGACAACUGAAAACACAUGAGAGGACCCACACUGGAGAGAAACCAUACAAGUGUUCACACUGUGACAAGAGAUUUGUUCAGAGAGCAAAUCUGAAAACACAUGAGAGGACUCACACUGGAGAGAAACCUUACAAGUGUUCACACUGUGACAAGAGAUACCGUUUAUCAGAACAUCUGAAAACACAUGAGAGGACCCACACUGGAGAGAAACCAUUCACAUGUGAUCUGUGUGGGAAGAGUUUCACACAAUCAACAAACCAUAAGUUGCACAUGCACAUCCACACUGGAGAGAAACCGUUUACAUGUGAUCUGUGUGGGAAGAGUUUCAUAAUAAAACGCAGCCUUAAAGAGCACAUGAACAUCCACUCUGGGGAAAAACCGUACACAUGUGAUCAGUGUGGCAAAGGAUUUGUAAGGUCUUCGAACCUAAAGAUUCACCUGACACUUCAUACAAAGAAGAAACGUCUGUAUUCAUAUUCUUUGUGUGGAAAGAGUUUUCCACUGCUGAAAAGUUUAAAAACGCAUCAGAAAAGACAUACUGCCAAAAAAGCUUAUAUGUGCUUUGAGUGUGAGAAGACUUUUUUUACAGAUGAGCAUUUGAAAAUGCACCAGAGAACUCACACUGGAGAGAAACCUUACAUGUGUUCACAUUGCGACAAGAGAUUCAGUUCUUCAUCAAAUCUGAAAAAACAUGAAAGGACUCAUACUGGAGAGAAACCAUACACAUGUGAUCAAUGUGGGAAGAGCUACACUGAAUCAUCUUCUCUACAGAGACAUAAAAAAUCAUCCACAGCUCGAAAUCAUAAUAUGUGUACAAGAAAGAAAAGUCCAAAGUUGUCACGGUGAAUAAAGUUCAAGACUUCAAGACUUUUCAAGAGAUUCAGAUCAACUCAUAGAUAGUUCCUUCCCAAAAGAACAUCAUCUAAUUGUUUUAUUCUUGUUUCUCAAUUUGCUUCAUAAUAUAAUCUCUCAUUAUGCUUUAUAAUUUCAAGUUAGAUUUUUUUUUUUUUUACUCCAUUUAUGAAAAAGUGGACUUUUUAGUCGUGUGGACAACAAAGUGACCUGAAGAAGAGUCCAUCUUAGUUUUAGGAAAUACAUUGAUCUGGUGUUUGUGUUUAAUUGUUAAUCUUAUAAUCUUAUAAAUGCUCGACCAUUUGUGAUGCACUUGGUUUGGUUGUAAAUCAAUAAUUUUCUCACAAAUUUUCAAGUAAUCAUGUAUUAAAUAAUCAUGUAUUUUAUCAACGUUUAUUGACCAUUUGUAAUGUCUAAUGAUGCUACUUGCGACAAUAGUUUAAUCAGUAUUAUUAUUAAUUUAAUAAUUUUGGGUUUAUCCGUAAGCCAUUAC